GCUCCACCAAGCCCUCAGUCGCCAUCACUCACAUCAAUUCGCCCUUGUCCGGCUCCAGAUGUUUUCCAGGACAGUCCCACGUGCUGUGCCGCGUAUCAGCGCCCUCGGUCAAUAUCAGGCACAGUCCUCGUUACACAGAGUGACAGAGCUAUCAGUCAGAACAGGAACGCGCAGUCCGCUUCAGCAGCAGUUGGGAAGGCGCUACCGAUCCUCGAUAAGCCAAACUUUCAGAGAGCAAUACAGGAAGAGUCCUGUUCUAUUUCCAGCUGCUGUAGUCAUCUUGUCAGGGCUUGCUGGCAUGUGCCUGAUAUACCUCCCAUGGUACUACACGAACGUUAUUAUAAAGCCAUACCACAACUUUCCCGAACCGGUCGCGAAGAAGCUGCGCAAAGCCCUCUUCUACAGCCGCGGCAAAUGGCUCGACAUUCGCGAGGCCAACAAGUACUUCCGCCAGGCGCUGGCGACAGCUGACGAACUCGGAAUGGAUCCCUUCAGCGACGAGAUCAUGGGUGUAAAAUACGCAAUCGCUGCCCUGUUCGAGGAUGCAGGGUACUACAGUCUGGCAACAGACGUACUUGAGAUCAUGAGAGCAGACACCCAGAAGUGGAUGGACGAAUUCUCGCAUAAGCACUGGAACGACGGGAAUAGAAGCCGUGUGCUGAAGAACCUGGUGCAGAUCAACCUCAAGCUUGGGCAGCUCUACGACGUCAAAUAUGUCAAUGAGCCGGAAAAUGGAGGCAAGAGGCUCGUUGAGGCGGUGGAGACUGCUUUGGCAGAGUCACACAGACGGGAGAAGAACGGCUUGUACAGUGGCGAGGGCGAAUUCCUGACGAACGAGGAGCUGGGAGGUGCGCUGGAAGCACUUGGCUCGCACUAUGAAGAGUUCGGCCCCCGAUACCUCGCUACACCCCUGUUCAUCAAAGCUUUAGAGCUCUGUCCGCCGAAAUCGUGUCACAGCAUCGUCUUGAUGAACAAUGUCUCCACUUGUCUCAGCCAACAAAGCCCACCACCUACUAAAGACACCCUGGCCCUCUCCUCCGCACCCACCGAUUUCCCGGUCACAAACGCACCGCCUCGCGCCGUACUCCUCGAUCAAGCUCGUCAAUGGGCCACAAAAGCCAUCGCACACGCCGCGGCGAUACCCUCCGCUGACAAGACAGAAGAGUGCGACUUCGGUUGCGCAGUAGCUACACAUAACCUUGGAGAGUUCUACGAGAUGGAGGGAAAGAUCAAGGAAGCUAGACAAAAGUACGAGGAGGCUGCGGGUCUGGCGAAGUCUUUGAGAUUCAAGGAGGGUCAGGCCAACGCAAGGGCAGGACUGAAGAGAUUGAACGAGGUGGAGAAGAAGGCGUAAGACGUCAGGAUCAACCUAGAUGUAUACCCACAUGUAUGACUAUUACAGAACCUAUCUGAUUGAGUACUGCUGGCGCUAAUCAGGCUCGUUUGCCACCAUGCUGGGUUCCGCAUCGAGCGACUGAAGAUGUGUAUAGCUAAUUGGAAAUGCAUGGCCACAUGGUUCGAUGUUUGUUGGCUAUUAGUUUCCGAUGACUGGCCGGGCAUGCACAUGCGAAUCGUUCUCGUUGCCGCGGAAACUGCCCUGCCACACCGGCCCUCACUUCGCUUCAAGACAGCCAAAUCCCA